AUGUCCAACAUCGCCGCCAACACCGCCAACGGCCAGACGGCCGUCCCGCUCGCAAAGUCGAUCCACAAGGGCGACGAAGAUUUCGUCUACGCCAACGAUGUCCGCGUCGCCGGCUUCGAGCCCCUCAUCUCUCCCUCUCUCCUCCUGCACGAGCUGCCCGCCUCGCCGGAAUCCCAGAAGACCAUCGCAAAGGCGCGCGCCCUCUCGAGCGCCGUCAUCAAUGGCCUCGACGACCGGCUCCUCGUCGUCGUCGGCCCCUGCUCGAUCCACGACCCCCAGCAGGCCAAGGAGUACGCGGCGCUGCUCAAGAAGGGCAUCGACGAAAAGUGGGGAGAAGGUCUCGUCGUCAUCAUGCGUGCCUACUUUGAGAAGCCGCGGACCACAGUCGGCUGGAAGGGCCUGAUCAACGAUCCGGACAUCAACGGCAGCUUCCAGAUCAACCGCGGGCUCAAGAUCGCACGCAGCUUGCUCUCCGAACUCACGUCCAGUGGUGUCCCGGUUGCCUGCGAGGUUCUCGACACCAUCUCGCCGCAGUACAUGUCCGACCUCUACUCGUGGGGCGCCAUCGGUGCCCGAACGACCGAGUCGCAGCUGCACCGAGAGCUCGUCUCCGGCCUUUCCAUGCCCGUCGGAUUCAAGAACGGCACCGACGGCGGCAUCACCGUGGCGGUCGACGCCAUCCGCGCAUCGUCGCAGCCGCACGCCUUCAUGGGCGUCACCAACCAGGGUCUCGCCGCCAUCGUCAAGACGGUCGGCAACGCCGAUCUCCACAUUGUGCACCGCGGCGGGUCCAAGGGCACCAACUACGACCCCGAGUCGAUCAAGUCGUCCAAGGAGCAGCUCAAGGCGGCCAUGCCCGACCGCUUCCCCUCGAUCAUGGUCGAUGCCUCGCACGGCAACUCGAACAAGGACUACCGCAACCAGCCCAAGGUGAUUGAGAGUGUCGCCCAGCAGCUCGAGGCCGGCGAGACGGCCAUCACCGGCGUCAUGAUCGAAUCUCACCUCAACGAGGGCAAGCAGGGCGAGCCCAAGAACGGCAAGGUCGAGGAGCUCAAGUACGGCGUCUCGAUUACCGACGGCUGCGUCGGGUGGGACACGACUGUCGAGAUGCUCGACAGGCUCAACGCCGCUGUCCUCGCGCGCCGAAAAUUGGCGCAGUCUGCUUGA